GGUGGCGAGGGGGCGGGCGCGGAGGGGUCCGAGCCGCCAAUGGGCGCGGCAGAGGGGGGCGCGCGGCGCGAGGAGUGUUUAUAUCCUGUCGGGGAGCGAGGAGGGGCGCGCAGAAAGCGGCGGCGUCGUCUCCUGUUGAGAUUAUCUCUCUAAAGACGCCAUGGCACGGCGCGUGCGGAACAGCAGAGCUUGGCACUACGUCCUGAGCGGGGUGCGCCGUGAUGCAGACCCACGAACAGCAGCGUUGGCUUCUGGAACACGGGGCUGGGCUUACGACUCUGAUGGACAGCACAGCGACUCUGAUUCCGAGACGGAGUUCCCUUCUCUGUCGCCUUCGAUACCCACAGCGAUCCCCGUUACCGGAGAGUCCUACUGCAACUGUGAGAACCAGAACGAAGCGCCGUACUGCUCAAGCCUCCACGCCAUGCACCGGAUCAAAGACUGCCAGUGUGGUGAAGAAGAUGAAUAUUUUGACUGGGUGUGGGAUGACCUGAACAAAUCGACAGCAACACUGUUGACUUGUGACAACCGCAAGGUGAAUUUCCACACGGACUACAGCUGCGGCACUGCUGCCAUCCGGGGGAACAAGGAGUUGGGAGACGGGCAGCACUUCUGGGAAAUCAAGAUGACCUCGCCAGUCUAUGGCACCGAUAUGAUGGUGGGAAUUGGGACAUCGGAUGUGAAUCUGGACAAGUACCGCCACACAUUCUGCAGCCUGCUGGGCAAAGAUGAAGACAGUUGGGGACUCUCCUAUACAGGGCUUCUCCAUCACAAGGGAGACAGGGUCAACUUCUCGACUAGGUUUGGUCAAGGCUCCAUUAUUGGGGUACACCUGGACACGUGGCAUGGAACGCUGACCUUCUUCAAGAACAGGAAGUGCAUAGGGGUUGCCGCCACCAAACUGCAGAACAAGAAGGUCUACCCCAUGGUGUGUUCGACAGCAGCCAAGAGCAGCAUGAAGGUGAUCCGCUCCUGCGCCAGCCACACGUCCUUGCAGUACCUCUGCUGCUACCGCCUCCGCCAGCUGCUUCCUGACUACGUGGACACGCUCAAGGUGCUGCCCAUUCCUCCAGGACUCAAGCAAGUUCUGCACAACAAACUCGGCUGGGUGCUGAGCAUGAACUGCGGCUCGCUCCCGCUGUCGUCCUCCCCUUCCUCGGGAAGCGACUCGGAUAGCUCUUGUAGCUCAGACGCUGAGGCCUGCCAACGGAAGCGGUGCAGGAGGACAUAGAUCUCUUUUUAAAAAGACAGGACAUCUCGUGGGCUGAGGAUUUCCCUUGGCGUCCCUUUAGGUGGGUGAUUUGAGCCGGCAUCCUCCUUGUGAACUCAGAACUCUGUUGUCCUGAUUGAUAUCUCCGGACUGCAAGCUUCUGCUUUUGAGAGAGAUCUGCUUUCAGGGCACAAGUUACUCCUGCCACCCACCAUCUUAGUUUGUUUCCUGCUUAUCAUCCAGGUUGGACAGGUUUUCUGAACAAGGCUGUUGAAAAUUUGGACUUGAAGCAGCCAGACUGGAUAAAGGAGCGUUUCCUUCAAACGCAUGACUCCAUAUUAUACAAGGAAAUGGAAAGAUUGCCCCACGUGCUGUGUGGGUUUGGCACUUGCGAUGGAUGCUUCUCAUAUUUGGGACACAGGUCCGGCAAUUGGAGAGAGAGAAGGGCUGUUAUAUCUGUAGGUCUCCCCCCCACCCCCGGCUGCUUUGACAUUUGACAGCUUUGGGAAAGAGCAUUACUUGCUGGAUUGGAACUGUAAAUGAUCUCACCAAGCCCUGCAACUUCCUUAUUUGCUUUGCAUGUCUAACGGCUGUCUCUCCUGUAUUGAACUGUAUGAAUAAAAAACCCAAUUAAAAUACAAACAGCA